GGGAGUGUUUCGAGGGGACUCCACCUGCUUCUGUCUGUCUCUCCAUCCAGCAGACUAAAUGGUCUCGCAGCUUGGAGCGCUUGGGAAAGUGCCCGGCCAAGCGCUCGUUGGUUUCUCUUGUGACUUGCACAGCUUGCACUAUAUCUUCCCACCGAUCUUCCCUAUUCCUCGCCGAUGGUGGUGUGAUUAAGGUGCAGUGCAUUUUGUCUUGUCUUCGGAAGCCAGUUUUGGUCUCAGAGGAAAACCGACACAUAACUCUGUCCUUAAGGGUAUGAAACUUUGGCUCGCAGCGUUCUGAGAUAAAUAACAUGUACUUCGUCUCGUCCGUUCUGAUCUGGUGCUGCGCUCUUGUGGCGGAAUACGCCCUUGCCCAAGAGCAUGGAGAGGAAUACGAGAAGACAAUGGGUCCAGUCGCCUUCCUGUGGCCACCUGAUCGUGAAUGGGGUGCUGCUCAGGAUAAUACAGCGCCCUGCGGUUCGGCCGCAUCGGUUACGAACAGAACCGAGUUUCCUCUGCUCAACGGUCAAAUCGCGCUUGUCGCUCAAGACGAGUCCUGGUCCAUCCAAGUAGCGAUCUCUCAUAAAAACGAUCCGACGUCCAACGAUGACUUCGAGAUCGUGAUAGCCGCCACCAGAAUCCCAGAACUCAAUGAGGGGCAUCAGUGCUACCCACUUCCCAACCCGUCAGCAGACAUUGAGGCUCUCUCAAACGCAACAUUGCAAAUCCGUUAUACUUCGGACUUUGAAGACGACCGAAAUGAGACGUACUAUGCAUGCGCUGAUGUUACUUACGUGCCGACCAGUCAAUUUACCUACCAAGUGCCAUGCUUCAAUGCCACUGUCGAUGAUUUCAACCUUACCGACUCUGACCCUGACUCCAGUUCUUCGGCUUCGGCAGCUGGAGCAACUGCAACUUCGGGAGUCACGGAAGGCACGGAAUCAUCGUCUUCAGGUCUGUCAGGAGGCGCUAUUGCCGGUAUUGUGGUCGGCACCGUGGUGGGAGUUGCUGCCUUCCUCGGUGUAAUCUUUCUCAUGUGGCGUCGGAGCCAGCAGAAGCGUCGACUUCGUCAACAGGAAGCUUCUGUCAGGAAUGUGAAAUGGGAAGACCAUCAAGGGAGCGGACCAGCGUCGCAGGCUUCAGAUCGUGACAUUGCGCUCAGGAAUCUUUAGUCGGAUGAGACUGUGCGGGAAUUUGGAGCAUAGCUUCCAAACAAGGGGAGUCCAGGUGGGAUUGAUCUCCGCCUAUGAUUGAUGGAAAGGCUGAACUCGAUUCAUAGCCAUUCAACGUUGAUAACGCUUCACUUUGUCGCAACGAUCGAUGAAUCAGCAUCUUCUAGCUACUCCGUACACCCAUGUCUUGUAUAACGUGGGAUUUGUAUUCAGCGGCUCAGUUUUCAAGGAUGUGUCGUACCGCCUUGACCGAGUAGUUUGUUGCAACCCUGGCAGGAAGGUCUGGCGAGCGCCUGAGACCCACUGUACAGGUAGAGGAGAUUCCAUAUGUAGGUUAGCGUUCUUGCCAUUGAGGCAAAGUCCAUCUCCAAGUCCAGCGGGAAUUUGACCUGCAACUUCAAGUUAAGUUGACUAUAGUGAAUCAAUCAGUUAGACGAUUGAUCAGUUGAGCGUACGUUGUAGUGCUGCUGCUUGCACGGAAGUCGAAUGAACAAGCUACGCACGAACACCAAAACAUGUGGGG